AUGCUAACCACGCUACGACUGAUCUCCUGUCCCCGCGCCACCAGGCUUCCCGGCGACAACGGGUUCGACCCGCUGGGACUGGCGGAGGACGCGGAGGCUCUGCGGUGGUACGUGCAGGCGGAGCUGGUGCACUGCCGCUGGGCCAUGCUGGGCGUCGCUGGCGUGCUCGGCACUGAUCUGCUGACCACUCUGGGCCUUGCGGACCUCCCCGUGUGGUACGAGGCGGGUACGGCGCACUACGACAUCGCCAACGCGCCCACUCUCUUCGCCGUGCAAUUCAUCCUCUUCAACUUUGUGGAGCUGAAGCGGUGGGCGGACUUCAAGGCGCCGGGGUCGCAGGGGCAGGACGAGGCGUGGUUCCUGGGCAUUCAGCCCGCCUUCCUGGGCACGGACAACGGCUACCCCGGCGGUCCCCUCUUCAACCCAUUUGGCUUGGCAGCUGAUGCAGUGACAGGGCACAAGGCACGUGAGCAGGAGCUGGCAAAUGGUGAGGCGUUCUGGGUUGAUUACGACGGCAAGGAGGUGGCUUACGAAAAGAUAAAGCCAGGACAGACGUACCGACAGCGUACCUUCGUGUUGCACCCGUGGGCCUUCCGUGAAUGCGCUUCAAAUGAGCCUCUCGUGGUCGGGAAGAAGCUGGUCGCACUCCCUGAAGACGCUGAAGAGAGUGAAAUGCACAGCCAGCACACAAGAAUAGUGGAUAGCAGCGCCUCGCGCGAAUCGCACCGACGGUGGUCCAACGUCACGCUGGACGAGGGUUGGAUUGGGGCACCGCGGUGCGUUGCAGCCUCAUGCAUGCAUCAGCUUCAACUGAAAAGCUCGGCUGGCUCCACCUCCUGCCAGCUGCACCUGCUGUCGCGCCCCUGCCGCGCCCCUGCCAUGCGCCUGCUGCGCGCCUGCCGCGCCUGCUGCGCGCCUGCCGCGCCCCCCAGUCGCGCCCUGCCGUCGCGCCUGACGCCCCGCCUGCAACAAGCCUGCUGA